UAAUGCAAUUCGCAAUGAUAGCUUCAGCUGGUCCCAGGCGGGAGAAGAUCAUGUUGAUGAGAUGAUUUUAGCUCUGAAUGCGUUAUUAUUGCUGUUUAUGAUUAUUGACAGUCUGCCCAAUCAUCAAAAUGAAACGAGCAACAGAAAAUCAAGGAGACACGCGAUCACUUAAAGAGUGUUUUUCCCCGGGGAGUAAAGUGAAGGACCUACCACUCCAGCAGUGCUCCCUACCCCGCUUUGCAUCUUUCCUCCAGGAGACUCCAAUGAAGCCCUCUCAGGUCCCUAACAAGUUUCCUCACCCCCUACCCAGGAGAAUGUUGCCACUUCAAAGCCCAGAGCUGUGCCAUAGAGACAGAAUGGGUCCUCCAAGGCACCCUCCUCAUUAUCUGGGACCAAUACAUUCAUCAAGAUUUGUUCCAAGGGGGCCUAGUAACAUUGGUUCCUCAGCAAACAGGCCCCAUUUCACACCAAGAGUGGGUCCUUUGCAUCACUCUACACAACCUUCGGGGUCUUCCUUUUCACAGCCUGUUCCAGUCAGCCCAACUAAUGGUGGAACUGCAGCUAAUAAGCCACAACCCUUGCCUCCUGGUACCUUUCAGCCAGUAUCCUCUCAAUUCAUGAAGGAUUUAAGCAACCACUCCCCACCUUCCCACAUCAGGAGAGAUCAAGUGACUGAGUCUAAAGUCAUGAUGUCUUACUCAGGGUGUGAAAAUGUAACAGCAAGACAAGAAGCUAACAAGGCUCAAUCCAGCGAUGUAUGGAGUUGCGUACAAACUGUCCAGCUCCACAGGCCUUCCUUGACACCAUCACUCAACACCAGAUCUACUCAAGAAGUUAGCCCACUGCCCCAACUGGACUCUGAGCAUGGGAGCCAGUGGCCCAUGAGAGGCUACCAGCCUUCUCAUAGUACCAACUCUCCUGACAAGGGGAGUGGUUCCAGUUUACCCAUCAUGCACAGCUCUGUAGCCCCUUGCCAGGACCAACAACAUAAACAAACACCGUCAAGUGAAAAGUUAACUUCAGCAGUGGAAUUGAAUCACUCGUCUCAGAAGAGGCGCAGGGAGUCUGAGGACUGUGAUGACGGUGCCAAGAAACUGUGUUUUCAGGUGGAGAACUUUGGCAAAGCACAGACACCAAAACCCACUGUUGUCAGUUCAUUCAGCAAUUCCCUGGUGCCUCAGCCAUCAUCGUGCCAUUCUUCAGUCUCGGAACUGUCGCCUCAGACCACAGAUAGCCAUCUGUGCACAGAGCCAGCAUCUGGCCAGUCAACCGACUUGGAACUAUCAUCAGCAUUUAAACCCACCCAGUCAUCCUGCGCAUCAAUGUCACCCAAACCUUGUAUAAAAAGACAACCAUCAGUGGGGGCAAAGCAAGCAUAUGUAAAAUCCUCUCAUAAUCAUACAGUGGAUUUAAUAGAGUUAAGUUUGCCUUCAAACCCAGGUGAAGCAAUUUUGAAGAAAAGAAGCAAGGAAAACAAUAAAAGGGAUAAAUCAGGCUCUUUGUUAUCCUCCGAGGUUUCCCAGAAGGAUGCUGGCAGCUCUCCUCAUUGUCAGCUAAGCAGCCAAAACUCUGGUCAUACUCAACGUAGUGCCUCACUCUUACCUGUCAAGACCCUGAGCAGGAGUCAUCAGGCGGAGGAGAGCCGGAAGUCGGACUACAGCACUCCCAAACCAGCCUCAAAAUCAAAUUCAGCUUCUCUGAGUUCUCGUCCCCGCCCACGAAGACCAGUUGUAAUAGAUGACGAUUUAUUUGAGCUUUUUACCCCUGAUCCCGUGACCUAUGUAGUCCCCCCUGCCCAUAAGACCGCAAAGCCCAAGGCAGAUGGAGGAACAAUCAAAUCUUCCUCUUCAGAGAAAAACUGUUCAUUCAGAAUUGUGUCCAACUCCAGUAACGCAGCUGCUGGUUUCUCAUGUCACAAAACGCAGAAAUUACCAGUAAACAGUUCUCAUGCAGUGGACACCAAAGUCUCCAUGCCAACUGUAGCGUUAAAGCGGGUAAAACUUGAAAACUUAAGACCAUUUUCCCCAAAAGACAGCAAACUCAAAAACAGUCCAGAAGUCACUUCUUCAGGCAGGCACCUUAGGGAUCAGAAUUUUAAAUCUGAUGAGAAACAAACAUCUCUCCUCUCCAACAAUGUGGAACCAUGCACUUUAGAGACUGACAUUGGUACCUCUGAGCAAAUGUCUACAUCUCAUCGUUCUCAGUCUCCACUGCUGGGGAGGCAGGCAAAUGAAGGGCGAAGAAAGCAGGUGAAUGAAGAAGAUCCUAUAGAUGUGGAGCUGGACCUGGGUCUGAGUUUUGCGUUAGAUUUGGAUCUAACCCAGAGCUCUCACAGCAGCGAGGAUGAGCAGCUGCUUUCCUUGCAUGAGAUGAUGGAGCGUGCUACCAAGCCCCCAGAUACACCGGAGAAAGGAGCCUUCUCAGAGCCAAGUACACCUAGUUGCCCGUCCAAAACUCUACCAUUGCCAUCUAAUGCAAAGUCAGGAGUCUACAAAAACAACCUUGAUCAGAUGCUGAAAGAAAUAAACACCAGUAAAAGAGCUAAAGAGAUUGAGACACAACUUCUAACUGCAUGUAAAGAAGACCUGUUGAGAAUAGCUGAAUAUGAGGAGGCAGAGGAGAACCGUGAGGAGGGCAUCUCCACUGAACACCAGGAAUUCCUGCAGCGCUACUCGUUGAUGUCCAGUGCAAUCAGAGAAGUGCCACCGGGAGAAAUAGUGUUCAACCUGGAGAAAUUUGGCCGAAUAUUCAACCAUGAUACACUGCAGCUCAGACAAUGUCUGGUCAAUCCACAGGGGACAGCACAGAAAACACUUCUUUGGUCCAGCCCUGCUCAGCUGAGACUGCAUGUAAAUAUUGGAUUGUUCCAGGAAGCUUACGAUAGCUGUUCUCCCUGUCCAACUCAGGUUACACGUUUCCUAUUCAAGAUGAUGUCGGUCCAUAAUGAGAGGAUGGUAUCCGAAAAGAUAUUACAGGCCCUCUGUGACAUCGCCUACACUGCAGCUUGCCAGAUAGUGAAACAGGGAAGCCAAAAGUUUGAAGUGUGGGUACCCAGUUUGGCCGAUGUCGUGCUGGUCCUCAUGAAUAUGGGAGUAGCAUUUGUUACUCUCUUCCCUUUUGAGAAUCUGCAGCCUCCAUUCACAGAAAGAGAUUUGCUGGAGGACGUCUACAUCAAAAGUGAGAGUCCCUCCACUAACAAUGACCAGAGCACUUUCCCUGAACACAACUACAGCAACAUCUUAAGGUAUCUGUCUUACUGUAUGGCCCUCUGCCCACGAGCGUACAGCGAUGACGAGCUGCUGUUACUUCUAACUGUGGUGGGCAGGCUGGGCCUGGACACACGGCUCAUCCUCCAGUCCAGCGUGGCGCUAUACCCUCUACAGUACAAGAUUGUCGGCAACAUAAGGGACUGGAACACCAUGCUGCCCAGAAUCUGUCAGGCACUUACUAAUCUGACAGAUGACCACCACAACAUGUGCCUACUAGUUCAGCUGCUGCCUGACCACACACGUGGAAAGCAACUGCGUCGACAUCUGAGUCUGGCCAUGAUCUCUAAACUGUUAGAUGGAAAUUGUACUUACAGACCUACAGGAAAAGAAAUUCAGCUCUCUGACCUGAGGCCGUACCUGCCUCGUAUGCAACCCUCCACCCUUCUCCGCAGCAUGCUGAGCUCCCCCAGCAGGAAAAAUAAAGAAGACGUGGUCACGCUUGACCAGCAGUCCUACUACCUCUGCUAUAGCCUUCUGACCCUGGUGAAUGAAGCUUCCAAUUUUCAGUUCUUCCCUGCUCAUCAAAAGGAGCAGCUGCUGUCUCUGAGCUCUGAGCUGGAAACACAUGUCAAGUGUGACAUCAGAGAGAGCGAGAAAUGUCUUUACCGGAGCAAGGUAAAGGACCUGGUGGCCAGAAUCUACACCAAGUGGCAGAUACUUCUUCAGAGGACAAGACCUCUCCAUGAUAAGUUGUAUGAUUAUUGGCAGCCUUUGCCUGUGGACACACUAACAAGCAGCCAAGAAGAGGAGGAAAUGAACGACAGUGAUCGUAGAGAGGAGAUGGAGGAGCAAGAGGAGGAGGAGGAGGAGGAGGAGGAUGAAGGAGGCAUUAGCGAAACUGAGGAAAAUGAGGUGGUAAUGAUCUCAGGGGAUGAGGAGAAGGACGAGGGAGAUGAUGCGAUGGAUGAAAGCUGCGAGACAAGGGACAACACAAAGCCAGAAGAAAUGGAGGGAGGCAAUACGGUGGGCGACACAAAUAAAACGGAGAAAGUGGCAGAAUUGGUACAAGGUGAGGGUAACCAAGAGAUACCAGAGGUGCAGCCUGAAGUUCUCAAAGAGUCUGUAGUGAUGGAAGAGCAAAUGGAGGCUGAAAACAUAGAGUGUGCUGAGGCAGAGACUGAAAAUCUGGUUGAGACAACAGAAACUUAUGACCAGGUAGCAGCACAUGAUUUAGUGUCAUAGAAAUUCUGUAUUUGUUUUCAGGGAUUUAAUAGUCAUUGCCUUAAUGUUAAGCUCAAUUUGCACUGUUGGCAUAUGGCUAACCUCAAAUUUCACUGUCAUUACAAAUGUAAAUUGUAUAUUUAUGAAUAAAACCAUUUUAGAAGAGAUGGCCAAGUUUGUUGAUUGCUGAGACCACUGGUUAGUGCUGCAAAAAAACAAAAUAUUGAUUUACUGUAUGUCUUUUUUGAAAUAUAACCUGAUAUUUAAGUCACGUAAAUUACUUAAGUUGUUUGCUGCGUGUACAAAGUUUUAAAAAUGUGGUAAUGUAUGUAGUACAUAUACAUACUGCAGCCUAGGGCCUAAAAUAGUCUAUUUAUGUGGAGAUUUCUGUUUAGUUUUUUUUUUACAAUGUCGUUUUAUU